AGAAUUCAGAAACUCAACACUGAAGUAUCUUCUCUUUAAAUUUUACUUCCUGUUGCCCUGCUGAAAAAACGACAUGCUCCACCGGUGUGUUGUGCUCCUUCUCUGCGCCCUUGCAGCUGUAUCCCUUGCAGCUCCGGUCCAAAAUGAUAAUACAGAUGAUGAGAGAAGUGCAGUCCUUUUGGCACACCUGGAUGAAAUUAAUACAGAUGAACCUGUGACAGCAGCACCUGUAACUCACUCAGAUUCAGAUGAGGCUACUGAAACACCAGUCAUUUCAGAUGAGAGAAAUGGACUUGAUUCAGUGACAGACAACGCUGAAGGUCCCACAGAUGACAGCAGAGACUCUCUUGAGCAGACUGAAGCUCCCACAGAAUCAGAUGAGACAACUGAAUCACUAGAGGCUGGUUCAGAUGACAGUGAUGAAGAAACCACUGAAGGUGACAGCAUAGACUCUGCUGAACAGACUGCUGGUCUCGAAGCAUCAAAUGAGCCCACUGAAGCAGCAGAUAAUGACCAAGACUCUACUGAAACAAUUGAAGAUCAAGGAAAAUCAGCUGAUCAAUCAACUGAAGGUCCAGAAACCAUUUCAGAUGAAGCCACAAGUUCCAGCAAAGAGUCUACUGAAGGUGACAGCCUAGAAUCUCUUGAAGACAUCAAAGAUGACAGAGUUGAGACCGUCACAGAUGAUGACAGAGUCGCUCCCAAAUCAUCUGACGAAGAUGCCAGUAAGGACUCUGAUGACGACCCCAAGGAAGAGGAUCCCACAGACUCUGCUGAGACAGUUGAAAAAGAUUCAGUAAAGACAACCGACACUAACGAAGACCAGAGUGAGGAGUCUGAUGCCACCGACAAUGACGAACCUGACACAAAAGAACUUGAUGACAGUGAUGGUGAUGACGAUCAGAAAGCCACAGAUGAUAAUGACAGCUUAGGUACAGAGAGCCUAGAGGGGGCAGCUGAGGAUUCAGAAGAGGCAGAAAAACCGGAGAGUGAUGGAGAUGAUGACACCGAAACAACUGAGUCACUAGGAGAAGAACUAGAGCAAGCUGGUCAACAGGAGACGGAGGAAGAGGAAGACCUGCCCACAGAGCAGGAUGCCAGUGACAGUGAUGACAGUUCGCUUCAAGACCAGGAUGACAGCAAGGCUGACUCUGAGACAAGUCAGGCGGAGCCUGACAGUGAUGGCCAGGCAGACUCCGGGCUCACUGAGGAAGAGGACGGGGAGACGGUGGAAGAUGAUGAAGACGACAUUACCGAGGAUGACUCUGUGAAGGAAGACACUAAAGAAGAACUGUUCGACUCAACUGAAGCAACGCCUGCUGACCAAGCAGACACGGCUGAUGACUCCACCUCUGUUGCCCCAGAUGUCAAGAGUUAGACGCUCCGUCUCUGAACUGUGGAAGCUCACCGACGCCAG